CCAAUUGUAAGUGAACUUUGUGAAACUGUUGCACUGGAAUGAGGCCUCCUCCCUCCAAAACAGCUGUAUUGUGUUCUUGAAGAACACGAUAUCUCCCUCCAAAAAGUUGUUCUCUUUCUUCAAUAACAUAAACUUUUCUUUUCAUCAGAGACCGAUUCUUCUCAUCCGAGACUUCCCCUUUUCAAAGCAUCCACCCAAAAAAAGCAUCAGUUGUUUGUCCCCAAAAUCUUACAACCCAGCUACCACCCAAAAUAUCUUAACAGCAUUUCUCACGUUCACCUUAAUGAACCAUCAUCAUCAGAGUGAGAGAAGUGACCCUGCAAGUGUUGUUGUCGAUGUGAGAGCAGCGAAGCCAUGUCAACCUGAAGGAGAUUCUUACCUGAAGACCCGUGCUGGCGAAUAUCCGGGUCACACUCCAGGCGGGCGUGGCCACACCCAAACCGUUGAGCAAGGAUUUGGGUCAAUACAGGGCAGUGAACAUGAUGGCCUUUGGCAAGGAUUUCAACGCCCAGACCCAAAAGUUCAAACUUGACGUACCCGUGGUGGUGACCCUGAACAACACCUACGAGUUCAUGGUUAAGUCACCGUCUGUCAACUGGUACCUGAAGAAGGCUACCGGCAUCGACUCCGGCAGCAGUCAACUCAAACGCGUCGUCGCUUCUGAACUGUCUGUGAGGCACGUGUAUGAGAUCUCCAAGAUGAAGCAAUCUGACCCGUAUUUCCAGUACAUGCCCGCCUUGGAGUCCAUUUCCAAUCGUUCAGAGAGGUCAAGAAAUUGAAGUACGUAUAUCUACAAGGCCUGUUGAGCAGAAGAGUGCCACAAACUCCCCAAAAUCCAACAGCAAACCCAAGCCACAUGCUGAUGUAAAAUCCUUGUGUUAUGAGCCCAUCUUUGUCAUCUUCAUUCACCAACACAGAUUGUCCUGGACCUUUUUCCUCCUCAGAGCAUGUCCUUGGGAGUGGUUCUCCACAAAGCAGAGGAUUUCCACCAUAAGCAAAGUCAAUGGUUUGGAGCUGAUUGCCUAUUGGAAUUUUUCCAGACAAGUUGUUUUGUGACAAGUCCAAGUAACCAAUACGAUUUAUCCAAGAAAUACUUAUUGGAAUUCUGCCAUUUAUCUGGUUUCUUGAUAAAUCAAGAGAAUCUAACUCCUGCAAAUUUCCAAUCCUUGAAGGUAUUUGACCUGU